AUGCCUCACACACGUAAUUACGUAACAGACGCAGACGGUACUUCCACACUCGGCCCAAGCAAUUAUCCUUCUCGGACGCGUGCACGACCUGAAGCCGCCGUCCGAGCCAAUUCUACACGUGUGACUAUCAUCGGCUCGAAUUCGGGCACCGAAGCUCAGUCCUAUGGGAACUAUUCACGAAAGCAUCAAGAUGCUACGGAUCAUGAGUUGUCAAACGUAAGUUUUGUAAAAUUUAUCAGAAACAACAAAAAGAACCAAUUCAACCAAUUCGCAUACAGACCUACGAUUUCCCAAACAAUCCAGUGUAAAAUUAGGUCUCUCCAGUGA